UCUCUCUAGAAACAAACGCUCACUCUCUCUAUAAUCGCUCUCUGCUAAAUUCGCACCUCUUUCUCUCUCUCACUCUCACAUAUCUCACCUCAGGCCCCCUCCUAUUAUCAUUUACAAUAUCACUCAAAAAUUACAAAUCUCUCUCUCCAAUUUACCCGCCAAAAAGGUCUCCCUUCGUGGAACGGUGUCGUACAUGGGAUUUGCUCUUUAAGAGAUGGAUUCGGCGGUUAAUGAUGAGUCUCGAGAUGGUGAUAAUGUUCAAUCGGAAUGUGUGGUUGAGGUUGCUUCUAUUGGUGAGAAGAGGCCGGUGGAGAAUGGGGAGACCGAUGAAUUAGAUGCUAGGUCAACUAAAAAGGCAAAUUGUGGGGCCGGAGAAUUGCGGAGAGUGGCGGAGAUAGUGCUGGUUUUGUCUACGAUGGCUGGGAUGAGAGGAGGGAGGAGUCCGACCGAAGCUGAGGUAAAUAUGAUGGCGGAGGCUAGGGCAAAAUUGGUAGAGAUUUGUCAGGAUUUGGCGCCCAAGGAUUUAGUAGCGAGGGACGCAAUUGGGACUGUUAUUGAGGAUCUUGGGCUCAAUUGGAAGAUUAAAGAUCAACGAUUAGGAUUUCGAGGAUCAAGGUUGUCAAUUAAAGAGAAGCUCUCGCUUACAAAGAGGAAGAUGGAAGAAUCCAAAAAAUUUACUGCACCUUCUGCUCCAUAUUCAUCACAAGUGUCACAGCCAGGUUUUGUUGCAAUGGGUGAUACCCGUGGGCCAUCCCAUUCUAUUCGCAUGUUUUCAUCAGAUAAACCAAGUAAUGCACCUUUACAUUCGGGAAACCUUCCAACUUCUUCAACUCUAGGACAUGUGUCAGCAGCAACUUCUACAUCUGGAGGACAUCAGCUGCUCGCCACAGAAGCAAGACCAUCUACAGUGUCUGCUGGAUUACCCAACAGUCAUCCAGGAAGGGGUUCGUCUAUAUUGGCCGGUCCUAGGGUUGAAAAGGUACAAUUUAAAUCGGAAGGUUCAAAUGGGACUUCUUAUGCACCACAAUCGCAAGCAAAUGCUUCAGCAAAUGUUUCUGCAAACCAGCCAUUGUUAAAUGCUUCAACUUGGUCUUUGCAAUCUCAUUCUAUGUCCUCUGCCAAGAGUACACCAGAAAACAAGGUAUUAAAUCAUAAUGCUACUAAGGCUGAUGGAACUACUGAGUUGGGAUCAUCACAUGCUGCUUCUCAAUCUGCAAGAGAUCAAGCAUUCAGACCAUUUAUUGCUCAAAACACACCAGCAAAUUUGCCAAGUGUACAUCAACCUAUGCAAGGCAUGAAGUAUGUUCAACCCACACCGUUUUUCAACAACCACAAUGAUAUUGCUAAAAUUGUUCAGAAGUUAUUGCAUCCAAAACUUCCUGAACAUCCCACAUGGACUCCACCUUCAAGGGAAUAUAUGAAUAAGCCUUUAACUUGCCAAAUGUGCAAGGUUACUGUCAAUGAGGUGGAAACUGUCGUCCUUUGUGAUGCUUGUGAGAAAGGAUUUCAUUUGAAAUGUCUAGAAGCAAUGAAUCAGAAAGGAAUACCAAGAGGUGGUGAAUGGCACUGCUUGAGGUGCACAGCACUAAGCAAUGGGAAGCCUUUGCCACCUAAGUAUGGUCGUGUCAUGAGGAGCAUAACUCCACCAAAAGGGCCUUCUAAUCCAGCUGGAGCUCAGCCAUCAUCAGACAAGAAAAAUGGGACUGUAGAUCCAAAUGUUAAUCAAGAGAAGUUAUUGGCAAAUGGAAGCUCUGGUUUACAAAAUCCUGCAGGAUCUAGUACUGCAAGCGACAACUGUGCAGAGUCAGCACCUGAUGGAAGGGAAAUGACCGGGAAUAGUAUCAUUGCAAGUGUUAAAAAUGUGGAUCAGGGGACGUGUACUGGAAACCCUAAUAACUUAACAAAAUCUGUUGGUGUUGUCUCUGAUUCUCCUUCUGUUGGCUUGUCAAGUGAAAGAUCUAUUCACCUAGCUCAAGUUUCGGAAUCACACACACAAGAAGAGACAUCGGGUUCUGAACCAAAACUGCAGCCUCCUGCUAUAUUAUCUGAGGUGUUUAGCAAUAAAUUUGAAAAUUCCAAACCCUCCAAUGACUUGCAACAUAUUGCCAGAGCAGAACUAUCAAAUGCUAGUGAAGUUCCUUUCAAAAGUAGUCAGGGAAAUUUUGUGGUUGAGGACUUAGAGUUUGUAAAAGGCAAUAGUGACUGUACAUCAACAUUUGAUGUGAAACAAAGUGAGCAAGUUGCUAUCUGUGCAAAUCCUGUUGAAAGCUCUGAACCUAGUGAUGAGGCGAGAAAACAUGCCGGGAUGUCUUCUGAUGUCUUUCACAGUGUUGAAUGGAUUGGUGAUGCAGUUAAAGUUUCAGAUGGAAAAACAUUUUAUCAGUCUUGUUUUAUUGAUGGAGUGACAUAUAAAGUGCAGGAUCAUGCCCUUUUUCGUUCUAGUCAUGAGAAAUUGAUGCCCUCAAAGCUGCAGGCAAUGUGGGAGGAUAUUGAAACAGGAACAAAGUGGGUUCUUGUGAAUCGAUGCUACUUCCCAGGUGACUUGCCAAAGGCUGUUGGCCACCCCUGUGCCUCUGAAAGCAACGAGGUAUAUGAAUCUAAUCACGAAAGCAGUUUAAUGGCUGGGUUGAUUCAAGGUCAAUGCAAAGUUCUUCCUUCUAUCAAGUUUCAGAUUAAUAGUGAAAGACAGAAUCAGUUAGGAACUGAGGCUAAUAUUGGAUCAGAUCCAGUUUUUAUAUGCAAAUGGUUUUAUGAUGAGUCAAAAGGAACAUUUCAACCUGUUUUUAGUUAGUCAUUCAUGCACAUAAUACGGGAAUGUUAAAGGCUUCAAUUAAUGGUGUCUUUGUGGUCUUCCCUUUGAUCAGGUAGUCUAUUUCAAGUGGGACAUGCAGAAUUCGACGAGUGUUUUUUAAUACUCAUGUCUUGUAUAAUAUGUAACUCUAGUUCCAGUUUGUAUGAUUUUGUCAACCCCAGUUCACAAAAUUUCUCGUGUUUACAAGUUAAUCCCCCAGAAAAUUGUAGAAUUAGCAUUGUAGAAUUAGCAUUAUACUCUAUUCUCUAAUCUUUUUUUUUUUUUUUUUUCCCUUUUGGAUUAGUUUUAGAUAUGAAAAUAGUUCAUAUAUUACAUAUUUUUUUCCUGUAACUAUGAUGGUGAUAAAAGCCUACUCGGUUUCUUUGUGAUGGUUACUUUGAAGAGCUCCACCUGAUUAAUGAUGUCACGACAUAGUCUUCAAAAUCAAAUACCAGUUAAAUUUUUUUAGUGUCUCGUAAGUUGGAGGACUCGAACUGUCUGAUUCUUGCAGGGUAUUUUAAAUGUUGAAAUGGAGAUUAAAGACCCUGCGAUGACCACCAGUUGCUUGACAAACACUCUACAUUUGAUCAUUCAAUUAUUAUCAUUUACAAGACUUAAUUGCGCACCAUUUGUAUUAGUGAGUACCAGUCUUGUCUAGUAUUUCUUAGAAAGCUUUGGGAAGUAGCAUCUCUUGAAAUCUUACUGUAAAAGGACAAUAAUAAUAUUUGUGUGCGUCUUAAGUGUGA